GCUCCAAGCCUGGAGCAGAUGUCAAGUUCACCUCUGUUUGUACCACUGCCCCCACCAGAUUCUUCUUUGUCAUCAGCUUUUGAGAUUUUUGCCAAGUACCACUUGGUGUCUGAAGUGCUACACAAGUGCCUCUGGUCAUUAAUCUCUGCAGAGAAUCUCAGUCUCCUCUCCUUGCAAAGCUUCUGCUGUACUGAGCUUGGCUUUGGGGAACAAAUUCUGAGACCUGAGACCUGGUUGCAAGCAACUCUCUGGGGCCAUACUUCCCAGCAUGGAGGUGAAGAACUUUGCAGUUUGGGAUUAUGUCGUCUUUGCAGCCCUCUUCAUUGUUUCCUCUGGAAUUGGGGUGUUCUUUGCCAUUAAGGAGAGAAAGAAGGCAACUUCGAGAGAGUUUCUGGUUGGGGGACGGCAGAUGAGCUUUGGCCCUGUAGCAUUGUCUCUGACAGCCAGCUUUAUGUCCGCUGUCACUGUCCUGGGGACGCCCUCGGAGGUCUACCGCUUUGGAGCAUCCUUCUUCCUUUUCUUCAUUCCGUACACCAUUGUCAUCAUCUUCACAUCAGAGCUCUUUCUCCCUGUCUUCUACAGAUCUGGCAUCACCAGCACUUAUGAGUACUUACAACUACGAUUCAACAAACCAGUUCGCUAUGCAGCCACGGUCAUCUACAUUUUACAGACGAUUCUCUACACGGGAGUGGUGGUAUAUGCACCUGCUCUGGCCCUCAAUCAAGUGACUGGGUUUGAUCUCUGGGGCUCUGUGUUUGCAACAGGAAUUGUUUGCACAUUCUAUUGUACCCUGGGAGGAUUAAAAGCAGUGGUGUGGACCGAUGCAUUUCAGAUGGUGGUCAUGAUUGUGGGCUUCUUAACAGUUCUCAUUCAAGGAUCCGCGCAUGCUGGUGGAUUAAGCAAUGUAUUAGAGCAAUCAGCAAAUGGAUCUCGACUAAAAAUCUUUGACUUUGAUGUAGAUCCCCUCAGACGGCACACUUUUUGGACAAUCUCAGUGGGAGGAACUUUUACAUGGCUUGGGAUCUAUGGUGUUAACCAGUCAACCAUCCAGCGAUGCAUCUCUUGCAAAACAGAAAAGCAUGCCAAGCUAGCCUUGUACUUUAACUUGUUGGGCCUCUGGAUCAUUAUGUUAUGUGCUGUCUUCUCUGGCUUAAUCAUGUACUCCUACUUCAAAGACUGUGACCCUUGGACUUCUGGCACUAUCUCAGCACCAGACCAACUGAUGCCAUACUUUGUCUUGGAGAUAUUUCCCACAAUGCCAGGGCUUCCAGGACUUUUUGUGGCUUGUGCUUUCAGUGGGACUCUGAGCACUGUAGCUGCCAGCAUCAACGCCUUAGCAACAGUGACCUUUGAGGAUUUUGUCAAGAUCUGGUUUCCUCACCUUUCCGACAAACUGAGCACCUGGAUCAGUAAAGGCUUAUGUGUCUUGUUUGGUGUGCUGUGUACCACCAUGGCAGUAGUUGCAUCCUUCAUGGGGAGCGUUGUACAGGCUGCCCUCAGCAUCCAUGGCAUGUGUGGGGGACCAAUGCUGGGCUUGUUCUCUCUGGGAGUCCUGUUCCCUUUCGUGAACUGGAAGGGUGCCUUAGGAGGCCUUCUGACGGGAGUCACCUUGUCAUUUUGGGUGACCAUUGGAGCCUUCAUUUACCCUGCUCCAGACUCCAAGACAUGGCCUCUGCCUUUAUCGACAGAACAGUGUGACCUGUCCAAUGUGACAGAAUCAGUGCCUCCAGCGCAGUCCGGAAGACCUGCGAUCGCUGAGACCUGGUAUGCUCUCUCCUACCUCUACUACAGUGCAGUGGGCUGCCUGGGGUGCAUGGCUGCUGGGGUAAUCAUCAGCUUCCUAACAGGUCGUCAGAGAGGCAAGGAUGUUCAACCACUGCUGAUCAGACCAGUUUGCAAUUUAUUUUGCUUUUGGUCUAAGAAAUACAAAAAACUGUGCUGGUGUGGAGUUCAGCAUGACAGUGGAACAGAGCAGGAAAAUCUUGAGAAUGGCAAUGCUUGGAAACAAGGGGCUGAAUCUGUCUUACAAAACGGCCUCAGGAGAGAAAGCCUGGUCCCUGUUCCAGGCUAUGAUCCCAACAGCAAAAGCUAUGACAAUGUGGCAUUAGAGAAGAUUACCCAUUUCUGAGGCAACACACACACACACAUACACACUCGACAUACUUCUUGCUUACCAGUUACUAGACUUGUGUAGAUGAUACUGCUAGAAGACAGGGAUGCAAUGAUGUCUAAUAUAUAUUUAUACUUAUUUAUGACUCCAAAUAAGAUGACUGUUCCCCAGAAUAUUCUGAAGGUUAUUCUUUGGAAGACCCCACUUUCAGGUGAGAAAAAACAACCAAGCCUUAAGUGCUCCAGCAACCUCCUUUUUGAAUAAAUUAGGGCUUGAUUUCAUCGUAGUGCAAGAAUCAGUCUCUUUAUGUUAAACUGCAGGGAUUUCGUUUGUUUGUUUAUAGUUUUUUAGCCAUAAAUUAUCUUGGAGUUCAAAGAAUAGGAGAUGUAUACUAAAUGCUUUUCUGACACUGCCAAUAAAGCAAGGGGAUGCCAGCCACCCUAAUCCCAUCCCUGACAUAGAUGUAGAUGAAUUUCACAUCCCCUCAUCCUGCAAGUGUGUCACAUCCCCUCCACCCCCCAUACACCCCGUUAAGUCCUCUUCUAGUCAUUCUUGCUAUUACAGCUGUCCUGACCAAGCCUUAAAAAAUUAAUUUUGCUCCGUGCAGGAGGAGAGCCUGGUGUGUCUGGUAAGUGGGAGCAAUGAUAACUAAAUACUCUCCUCCCUUUGUGUGCUUAGUGUAGUGUUUCUUCUUCCUUUCCAUCCCUUUACAAUGAAAAAUUCACUCUGGGCUCAGUGAGAAGUCUAGAGUCUUCCUCCAGCACUGGGUAAGGAGGAAAGGACCAUCCUAUUAGGAUAGCAUUGUGUAAAAUAACCUUGUAAAGAGCUUACCAGCCCACAGGGGAUUUCACUAGCCUUAGGGUCUUCUUUGCUGCCAAAUAUCAUGUCUACAGGAUUUCCACUCUUUUCAUUCAGCUCACACCUGCAAAUUCAUUGAGUUCCAUCAGGCUAAGGUGACGGAAGUAAAGAUCCUAGUAGUUGAACUCUAGAAAAUAAUUUCUAAAGUUCCAGAGUAAGAAGGGAUUACAAAUCAAAAAGUGAGUUAACAAAUGGAGGCAGUGGAAGCUUUUUGAAAGAAGGAAAGAAAGAAAAUCUUUAAUAGAUAAAAAAUAGCCAGUGCCAACAGAGGAAAGAGAGUAAGGAACAAUGUCUCAGUGUCAGGUAUGCUAGGGGAAGUGUCAGGUAUUUAUUUUGAUGGCCAGGUAAGAUCAAGAAGCCUAGAAAGAGUAUCAGCAAAAUAAAAGGAAAUGGUCCAAAUAGGAGGGAUUGAGUCACAAAGUCAGUGUUUUUUAAAUGUUACCCAGGAGGAGAAAAUCUUGAAACUUGAGAUAAGGAAAAAAAUUUAUGUAACCAAGUAUGUAUUACUAGGGAGAGGAUAGAAAGAGGGGAAAACAAUCUUUGAAGUACUUUUUAAAAAGCUGGGAUUUAUAAACCAAUGCUUGCCUUCUCUUCUCCAUUUUCAAAGGAGGGGGGAAUAUCGGGAAAGGAAGAGAGAAUUAUUUAUAAAAGAGCUAUGGUUUAUAAGAGAGAUGAGAAAAAUACAUCCUGAACAAGGAGGAAAGAAGUCAAAAGAGGGUACAUAUGGGAAAAUAUCUGAAAAUAAGACGGAACAGUUUCUAGAAAACUUUUUGAGGUCUAGCAAGUUAAUGAAGGUAUCGAUCUAAGGAUUUGCAAAUUGAGAGGUGCAAUUAUUUCCCCAGUGAUUUAGUAGUUAGGUCAUUCUUAUGAAUUAGAACUCCGAAAAUACAUUAAAUGAAUGUUGAAAUCUGGGCCUAACCUCACUGGCUCGAUAUUAUAGGAUAAGGAAAAAAAAAAAAGCCUCAUUCAGUUAAUGAUAGAAUUCAGAUAGAUAGAUAGAUAGAUAGGAAACUUGGAACACAACUUUCCCUUGGAAAUGUUCAAAACCAAAAUGUGCCAUUUUACUCACAAAUUCUCUCACAGAUUAUCCUCCAGAUAUUUCAUUAGCUCAGUAUUUUCCCAGAACGCUUUUUAGGAUCCUUU